AUGUCCUCAUACUGGGAGACUAUGAAUUGCACUCAUUUGGAUAAGUCCAAUAAAUUGCUACACCCAUCACCGCCCAUGUGGAUCAAUCGUGAUUCAAUGAAUUGGGUUGACGGGAGUUUGUCUUCGCACUCCCCGAUGUCGUCCGAUUCGAUAUCUCCGUUACGUUCACCUGCAGAAGACACGAACAUGGUGGAGUGUUCUUCAAACGAACUUCAGCCACCAGCCCCAAUACGCAAAAUUAGAAACGUGCGGAAGAGCGACAAGCAUCAUUGCUCCGUAUGCGGGGACCGGCCUACCGGUUAUCACUACGAUGUGCUCAGCUGCAAUGGAUGCAAGACGUUUUUUCGAAGGACUAUAAUCAAUAGCAGGAAUUUUAUUUGUACCAAAGGAGGAAACUGCCAAUUUACAAAAGACUUCCGAUGUGCUUGUCGUGCCUGCCGAUUUGAAAAAUGUGUCAGGGUGGGAAUGAACCCGUCUGCCAUCCAGUUCCCAAGUUCAAAAAAUCACAAUGAAGCAGACGACAUGGAUAGUGGUGAUGAAGAUUCAAAUAUUCAAGAUGAUAAAUCACUGGCUCUAAUACCAUUUGUUAGCGCGCCACUAAGAGAAACUACCAUUCAUACAUAUCGAUGGGUUGAUGAUAUUUUCCGGAGAGAAGACGCUGUUCUUCGACAUAGAAUACCAGGAACACUUCCAGUUGAAGAUGAUUUUUGUUUGGGAGAACUGCUCAGGAAGAAUAUUCUCAUUGGCGGUGAUUGUGCAAUAGAUAGAAAACCCGGAACGUUAUACACAAAUGAUCCGGUUAGGUAUUGGAUGGUGGUCGAUCUUCUCUUAAUUGUUGAAUUUGCGAAGACUUUUGAAUCAUUCCGCAAACUAAGUGAAUUUGAUCAGAAAUGCCUGAUUUCGCACAUUGGUGGCGUUCUCCAUGUUGCUACACAAUCGUUCUACUCAUAUUUUGAAGCCAAAUCUUCUACAUUGACAUUUCCAGAUGGAAUUAACGCAUUUGAACGGAAAAUGGCUGACGUCGAGAAAGACGAUAAGAGACGUUCCAGGAAGGUAUUCUUAAACUAUUAUGCGGAGAUGUACAAUGCACCGGUUAAUGAGUUUUUGAAAAAUAAAGUUACAAUGACAGAAUACUCAUUUUUCAAAUCUAUUUCUCUUUUCUCGCCUGAUAACUUGGAAAUGUCAGACGCUGGAAGAUUAAUUGCAAAUGAAGAGCGGGAACGUCUUACAACUCUUCUUCGAAAAUACCUUGUUGCAGAAUAUGGCUUCAAAGUUGGAAUGAACAGAUUUUCGUUAAUAUUAAUGGCAAUUUCCACUUUCGUUAAUUAUGGCGAGAAACGCCGCGAUUACAUUUCUCUAAUGAGCCUACUGAAGUUUGAUCUUGCGAAUAUAGGAAAAGAUAUCUACCUCCGAAAGCCUAUUGAAAUGUUGUAGUUCCGAAUAUAUUAGCUGUUGAAUAUUAUAUAACCCAGUUACCCCUCUAUUUCCCUUUAUCAUUUCCUUCUGCUCUUCCAAUCAACCUCUCUUGAUCUCACAUUGUCCAUAUAGUACAUAUUUUUGCUUUCACAAUAUUUUUCGUCUGAUAUUCAGAUCUUCAGCUGUUUUUUCUUUAUUUUUGUUCAGAAUUCAUAUACUAAAAUAAUCUGGUACCUAGAAAAUAUAUAAAUAAACCUGUGAUGUGU